UUUCAUGUGGAAAGCUGCCUUACAAAAACAGGUUGCAUUUUCCAUUAUCCCAGAGUUUUUCUAGCCUCAAACAGGCUUUGGUGGAUGCUCCAUAACCUAAACUCCAUUUGCUCUCUAUGGGAUGUGUUUAGGACAUUAUCUUAUUUCUCUUCAGGCGAAAGGAAGGUGUGUCUCCAGUGCACUCAUUUCAAAUAACAAUUUAUGAACUUUGGGAGAUCUGCAGAAACCAGCCUUGUGAAAUGUAUUUUUUUGGACACAGAAGUCUGUCUGCCUUACAGCAUAUACACACCAUGUGAUGUUAAUAUCUGUAAGACAGAACGAACAGUGAGGAGACAAGCUAGUGCAAAAAGCAGACAAAUUGAGAAGAAACUUUUGUUUCCAUCUCGUUCCUUUUCUUCUUGCUUUGUGCUGCUGUUGGAACAAGAAUGGGUCAGCUAUGUGGACGAUGCAUGCAGCUCCUGCGGGACUUCAUAGGCUUUGUUCAGAGGAUGGCCUCUGACUUGGUGCAAGGCAUCAAGGAAUGCUUAACUCUGAUAAGCAAAUGCUCCUGCUUAAAACAGAACAGCUCCAAAAACAGACAGCUGUACAAGCCCAUCCUACAGCCUCAUGAGAGAGUGACAGCACAGGAAUUUCUGCAGCAUAUUGAAAAAGAUUUUGAAAUGUCUCCACUGGGAAAGGACCCUCUGGAAGCCUUGAGGACCUUAUCCUUUUCAGAAAACCCGGGUUUACAGCAGUCAGCUGCCCUCUAUUACUUGCAUAUGAGUCAGCACAUGAACAUCCCCCUGCCUGUGGAGCAUCUGGAACCUUUCUAUGCCUUACUACGUUCUGCUGACCUGGAGGUGCAGCAGAUGUCUUCCUUGUCCCUUGUCAACUUCCUGCUGGAAGGAAAUAUUGACAAAGAAUUAGUUGUCCAAAUGGGUUUACUUGAGCCAAUUCUGGAUCUGCUUGAAUCAGAGGAUCCCACUGUCCAGUGUAAUUCCUGUGCCUGCAUCAUGACUUUGGCUGUUUCGGAGUCCAACCGAGAGGCUAUUGGUGCUGCUAGAGGAGUUACACCCCUGCUGUCUCUUGCCAAGUCCUAUGAUCCCAGAGUCCAACAAAAUGCAGUUGGUGCUAUUCUGAACCUCACACAAUCAGAGAAAAUCCAACAAGUCUUAUGCAAGGAAGGAGCCCUUCCAGUCCUUGCCUUGCUGCUGGAAUCUCCUGACUCAGAAGUCCAGUAUUACAGCUGUGCUGCCCUGAGCAACGUGGCAGCCAGUGUUCAGCACCACAAAGCCUUGCUGAGGCCCAGUGACAGAUUCCUGCUGCGCACACUGAUCUCUCUCCUAUCCUCUUCUGUGGACAAGGUUUCAAGCCAGGCAUGUGUUUGCCUAAGAAAUUUGGCUACCAGUGUGGACAUCCAGGCCGAGAUGGUUGCUGAGAACGUCCUGCCCAAGCUGUGCUCUCUCCUGGCCUCUGGCAGCGAGGACGUGCGUCGUGCCUCCAUUGCCCUGCUCUGGAUACUCUCCCAGCACCCACCCAACCAGGACACUCUGGCAUGUGCUGAGCUACUGCAGAGCCUGGGGACGUUACUGGCAGCACAUAAAACAGACCCUGUGAUUGCUGGACAUACUGCUUGCAUCAUCAAAAACCUGUGCCUUUCCAAAAACAAACAGAGAAUCACUGAGAGCCGCUGUGUCGAAGGUCUCCUCCAGACCAUGCUUUUGACCAACACUCAGGAAGACUCCCUUCGUUACGUGACAUCCUGCCUUGCUGAGCUAGCAAAGCAAGAAGGAGUCAUGUUACACAUGGUCCAGUGGAUGGAUGAACCUUUGACAAACUGCUUGGUGAGACUGGCUGGCCAACGGGAACAUCCUGAGCCAUCCUUUCAUGCUGCCUCCAUCAUCCUGCACAUGAUCGGUCAUGAGAAAAUGACGCUUUUGUGGAAGCAUCACAUUGGAGAGAUUCAAGCCUACCUCAAGAAUUUUCUUACCCACCAAGAGGUCCGUUUUCAGCAGAUGGGCAUCUCCACACUCUGCAGACUACAAGCAGAUCCAGACUUUUCAUUAGCAUUCAGAAAAAGCCAAAUGGCCAAACUCCUUGAGCAAGUCCGUCAGCAAACAGAAGAAACUCAAGAGCUCCUUAGGGCAGCUAUGUGCCGUGAAGACAGUUAAUAUUUAAGCCAAAUGGUUUAUAAUAACUUACCAGAUCCAAGGGCCUGAACUUUCAGAGGAAACAACUCUUUUCCUUGGUUCCUGUAAUUUUCCUGCUACUUGCAGUUUCGUCAUACAAGAGAGAUGUCCCGAUAACAAGAACUGGAGCAGGUCAAAACACAAUUCCUUGCACCCUUUGGCUGGCUGCUUAAGUGUGCUUGAGGACACGGCUACAUGUUGAAAAACACAUGCUAUGCUUGGUUAACCUUCCAUGGUUUUAUGGUUUGCUUUUGGUUUCCUCACCCCCUCCUUCAGAAAAACCAGCACUGUUCAUGCAACAGGCUGUAUGCAGGUCUGCAUUCAUCUUUAUUCUGUUUCUGUUCCAUGUCCUGUAUUUCACAGCACACUCCAAGGACUUUAGAAAAUAACUGAAUCAACCCAUACUAUAAAGGUAGAAAACUACAAACAGGUUACUACAGAAAGUAACUGCUGAGGAACAACUCUCAAAGUACAAGAAAUUUGUGAGAAACAAGAACGGGUGAAGCCUUACAGCUGAUCCUUGUCCACACUAUAGGCACUACUCUCCAACAGAAGAGCAAAGGCAUAUUAAGGCAAGGAAAUGUUGCACAGAGCAAGUACAGAACAGAGCAGGAACCAUGAAUAAUUUGGGUGAGACGUGUUUAAGUACAGAACUGUGUUCUCAAGUGUUAUUUCCAAAGCUACUCGUAACAAGGGAUGAGUGAAAAUAUUUGACAAAAUUAGGAAUUUUUGUUAUAUUUUGAUAUUCAUACUUCAUGUUAAAUGGAGUUAAAGAACAAUAAAAAGGUAGUUGUGUUUAAAUUCAACUUAUUUUCUUACAUAUAUACUUCCUGUGGGCAAGCAGCUGUUCAGCCAUCUCCAGGAAAGCUGGGUUCCAUCAUGUGUAAUGGUUACUUGGGAAGACAGACACUGUAACUUCAAACAUCCCCCCUUUCCUCUUUGUUCCCCCAGCUUUAUAUGCCCACCAUGACAAUGUUAGGUAUGGAAUGUCCCUAUGGUCAGCUGGGGUCACCUGUCCCAGCUGUCCCCUCCCAACUUCUUACGCAAGCCCAGGCAGGUGGGUGGAGUGAGAGGCAGACUCUGCAAGCGCUGAUGAGCAGUAACUAAAACAUCCCUGUGCUACCUGCCUUGUGUUCAGCACAAACCCAAACACGCCCCACUUUGAGCUACUGUGAAGAAAAUUAACUCUACCCCAGCCAAAAGCAGCACAGUGUCUUUUGAGGUGCUUCUGACCAUCUCAUAACUCUUAUGUGCAAGUAGAGCUUUAGAGCUGAUACAAAUGUGGAAUAAAAGUAAGAUUAAAAAAUUAAUUUAUAAAAGUUAUUUGUCAGUUAAAAGCUCAAUGUUCCAUUUUAUUAUGGCUCAAAUCUCAGAACUUAAUUUUGGUGCUUAAGGGAGGCAUUUUUUAUAAUUGUUUCUUUUAGUAUCUGCAAGUUCUUUCCAAUGGUACCGUUUGGGAAAAAAACAAAACAAAACAAUGCCCCUACCUUCAAAAACAAACAAACACCCCCAAAAACAAAACAAAACAAAAAAAAACCAAACAAAAAGCCCCCAAACAAACAAAAAAAAAACAUGUAAAAACAACCAAAACCACACUCAGUGCAGUAAAAAGGCCUAUGAAAGUGCAGGUAGACAGAAACUUUGGAUAAAGCAAUAUGGCAUUUUCAAUAUUCAUCCAUGACAGGAAUCCUGUUUUGAAAUCUCAUGUGACAAACCAUGUGCUCAGCUUUGGACAGGUGAAUUUUCUAAAACAGAGGACUUGGCUGAAUGACACAAUGGGAACAAAAGAAUCUCAAACUGCAAACCACCUCCAAGGCUGAUUUUAGAUCUGUUUCUAAAAAGAAACAGUGCAUUAAGUGAUGAUAUUGAAAUGUGUCCUGUAUCUGUAUUCUUAAUCUCAAACAUUAUUUCAUGGUCUUAGCAAGAAAGCAAAUAAAGUAUUCUUCAUGAGGAAUAAGGAGAUAAUAGACAUGAAGCAAACAGAGCUAGUGGUGAGCAAUGCAGCAGCUGUGAUGUACUGAAAUAACUCACAGCAUCAUCCCUGUGAGCGAGGAUGCUGUGUUGUGGAGAUGGGAGAAUGGAGCUGAGCCUUCCCAGAGCACACAGCUCUCUGCUGGGGAAGGCUGCUGCUCCCAGCCCCCAGAACAGCUGGCUGCACCUGCUACUUCUGCCUCACAGGGUUCCACCCUGCCCCUCAUGGUACAAACAACACAACUAGUUGCAAUAGCAGGCAGAGGAGCUGGCCUUCCUCCCAUACCAUAUUUUAUUGUCAAGAACAACACUCAACAAAAGAGAAACUGUUUCCCCUGCAUUAAGAGACUUAACCAAAAUAUUUAGAAUUUCAAUAUUAAAUCCUUUUAAAAAAUUUUAUACACCUACUUCUACUCUCAAUUCCCUUGGUUUUAUAUUGUAUGUCAGGCCCCUGAAACAGGAAAUUCUUGCUCUCAUUUGAAGCAAAUCUGGAUUGACUGUAAUGACAAACUGUUUUUAAUCCAACCCUGCUAAAAAAAAAAUAAAUCAAAGCAAAAACCAAAGUGAAAGUGAGAAAUAAAGCCAGCCCAUUUUUCCACAAACAGCGAAGCAAAUGUGCUGAAAUCUGCCAAAAAAUAAACUAGAAUGAUUUAUAACCAAUCCUAAAUAGCUCAAGAUCAACACAAUUUAAACCUGAUCCUAAAUGAAUCCUAGAGACUUAAAACUGAAGCUAAAUGUAACUGCCUAAUUCAUUGCUCUCUUUCUUGUUGCAAGUGACUCUGUACUGAUUUUUAGUAAAGAAAUUAGAGAAAAUC